AUGGAUAUGGAUUUCCAUGGGGAUGUAGCGAGUCUCGAUGCGGAACUGUUGCAGCUUCAGGAGGUGUCUCCUUUGGCAAUCAAAGCCAAUCCUUCUAUCGCUGAGAAGCUUUUUGAUCAGUGGCUUUCGCUUCCCGAAUCCAAUUCUUUGGUAAAAUCGUUGCUUAGUAAUGUGAAGGGAGGUGGUCCCUUGAAUGUCUCUGGGACAUCAUCUAGUACACAUGCCGUUACAAGCAAUUCUUUGCCUUCUAUGUUUCCCGCUGGCAGUACACCACCACUUUCGCCAAGGAGUUUGUCUGGUUCCCCUCGGUUCAUGAAGCAGAGGGUAGGGCCAUCUGCUCUUAGCUCGCCACUGAAAUUAGUGAAUGAACCUGUGAAAGAGCUUAUACCUCAGUUCUUUUUUCAAAAUGGUCGUCCACCGCCAAAUGAAUUGAAAGAACGGUGCUUGUUCAGAAUCAAUCAGUUUUUUUAUGGUCAUGCAGAUGGGCUCCUGAUGCAUGAAUUUAAACCGGUUACCAGGGAAAUCUGCAAGCUCCCAUCAUUCUUCUCCACUGCACUUUUUAGAAAGAUUGAUGUCAAUUGCGCCGGCAUUGUGACCAGGGAGGCAUUUGUUGAUUAUUGGAUCAAUGGCAAUAUGUUGACCAAAGAUAUAGCAACCCAGAUUUAUAUGCUCUUGAAGCAGCCAGAUUUCAAAUACUUGACUCAGGAUGACUUCAAACCUGUGCUUCGAGAACUUUUGGCAACUCAUCCAGGUUUGGAAUUCUUACACAGCACACCUGAAUUCCAAGAAAGAUAUGCUGAAACUGUAAUAUAUCGAAUAUUUUACUACGUGAAUAGAUCGGGUAAUGGUCUUCUUACCCUCAGAGAGCUGAAACGCACAAACUUAAUUGAUGCAAUGCAACAUGCAGAUGAAGAAGAAGAUAUCAACAAAGUAUUGAGGUACUUCUCUUAUGAACAUUUUUAUGUAAUAUAUUGCAAAUUCUGGGAGCUGGAUACGGAUCAUGAUUUUCUCAUCGAUAAAGAAAACCUCAUCAGAUAUGGUAACCAUGCACUUACCUACAGGAUUGUUGACAGAAUAUUUUCUCAGGUCCCCAGAAAGUUCACCAGUAAAGUUGAAGGAAAAAUGGGAUAUGAAGAUUUUGUCUACUUCAUAUUGUCAGAGGAGGAUAAAGCAUCUGAGCCUAGUCUUGAAUAUUGGUUCAAGUGUAUCGAUUUGGAUGGAAAUGGAGUUAUUACGAGGAAUGAAAUGCAAUUCUUUUAUGAAGAGCAGUUGCAUAGAAUGGAAUGCAUGGCUCAGGAGCCUGUGCUUUUUGAGGAUAUUUUGUGCCAGAUGGUUGACAUGAUUAGUCCAGAGGAUGAUAGCUAUUUUACAUUGCGCGACUUAAAGGGCAGCAAGCUCUCUGGCAGUUUUUUCAAUAUCCUUUUUAACCUCAAUAAGUUCAUGGCUUUUGAAACUCGCGAUCCAUUUCAAAUUCGCCAGGAACGUGAGAACCCUAAUUUGACUGAGUGGGAUCGCUUUGCGCACCGAGAAUAUAUUAGGCUAUCAAUGGAGGAAGAUGCAGAAGAUGCCUCAAAUGGAAGUGCAGAUGUCUGGGAUGAAUCUCUUGAGGCCCCCUUUUGAGUUCUUUAUGGUGUCCAUAGUGAUAUUCUUUGUAACAAGCUUUUAUCCAGCGGUAGAGGAGGAAUUUUGGGGGAGAAGUGAUCAAAUGGGAUCAAUCUGCCAAUGAAAUUUUGAGGUUAUAUGCGGAUGGCAUACUUGCCAAGCUAAAGAAGUGUGAAUUCCAUCUCACAGUGAUUUGGAGUAGACUACUGUGGCUUGGCAAGAGCAGGCCAAAUGGCUGGCUGCUAAUUGGUUACAGAUCACGUUAGUUUACAACUUGUAGUGCUUUUCCUUUUUGUAGUUCUGAAAAGAACAAAAAAAAAAAAUAAAAAAAAAUCAGUUAAUUAUUUUAUUUAGAGUCAACGUUCUUUUCUAUUUCUAGUACAGUUUCCUUUACGGAUUAGUGUUGUGAUAACUGCGGUUCUUUUUCUUCUCUGCACAUUCUUAUUCUUAGUUAUCUGUUAAAUUUGCUUAGUAAUGCAGUUUCUUUAGAGGUAUUUGCUUACUCUGUAUAUAAAAUUCGAACAAUUGUCAACUUGUGCAAGUAGUUAGUAUGUAGUCUAUAUUCAGGCUUGCUUUAAUGGGUGAGUCAGCUUCUGUCUUGGCUGCCACAAGUCUCUCGUUAA